GUCUCAAGCUUUCUGUCUUACACACCUAUCUUCUCACGUAUUCCCGCAUUUUGCAUUCUGUACUACUUUAGUACGGAAACACACACACACACACACACACGAGACUUAGGCCAUCAACCAAUCUACGAUUUAGCGGUGGUGCGUAUGACCAUCUUGAAACGAUGUGCGGCCGUCAUCAACCACCGCAGUGGUCACCGGCACAGCGUGCAAGUGUACACAGACACGCUAAAGCAGUACAUGGACCGCGCCGGCAUUGUGCACCACGACAUCCACAUCCCUAAUGACGACGUGGCAGAGAGCCUUCGACGAGCGCUUCCGCACGCUGAGGCGUUGAUGAUUUGUGGCGGUGACGGGACCGUGAACAGCGUCGUGAAUUUGAUGGCCGCGCUGAAAACAACACCGACGAGGGCGUCGUCGUCGUCUUCUUCUUUCCCUUCUCCCCUGUCUCAAUCGGCGCUGGAUGAGACGCCGCUGCUGUUAGUGCCCACUGGCCUACACAACUCCGUUGCCACCUCGCUCGGCGUCGGCGCAGCGAUGCGGGCAGUUUCAAGCUUGGUGGUGGGUCGCACCGUGCGGGUACCGCUGUGGGCGGUGCAUCUCCAUCCUCCAUCCUCCUCCACAGGAGCAGCAUCAUCGUCGUUCUCCUCUUCUUCCUCCCCGGUGCGCUACAUGUGCUCAUACGUUGCCGCCGGCACCUAUGCCGCGAUGGUGCAGCGGCAAGAAAAAUGGAAAGAAGCGCAGGAAGACUACGUAUCGUUUCCCGCGCUUCUCGGCUCCGUGGUGGCGACGUCGCUCUACACAGUUGCUGAACACGCCUCUCCGCACUGCACCGCUGCACUGACGACGUCGUCCGCAGAGAGUCGUAGCGAGCCGCCUUCGUUCUCGCUGGGUCCGUUGCGACUGCUUGUGGCUGCCCAGAUGCCUCAGCUGGGGGUCGGGUACUCGCUGACACCGACAGCAACCUACCACCAGCACCGUCUCACUGUCACAGCAGCAACGGAUGACGUCACCCGCCUACGAAUGUGUCACCUGCUGCGCCGUGAGGCGAGGGAGGGCUACAUCCUUUCGGAGGAUGGCGUGACGACGCACGAGGGGGUGCGGGGGCUGCGCAUUGAGUUUCCGCACGUGUCAGAGGAGGGAGUUGGCUGGACGAGCAGCGCGGACAUACGACGUGUCGGAAGCAAAAGAGGCAACCUUGAUAAAGAGUCGGAGGCGUCGGCGCUACUUGUGCUCGAUGGUGAGUGUGUACGGGUACCACAUGGGAGCUCCCUUACGGUGACGCCUACUGAGCUCACCGUCCAGUUCAUCGUUAGCUGA